CAGCUUAAAUCUUGGUGGCCAGGACAUUCUCCUGUAGUUGAAGCUAAAGGAGGUCUAUACUUGUAUCCUUGUGUCUUAUACACCCCCACGCCAUCAGCAGCCAGCCUGUGCAGUGUUGAAAGGUCCUAGCAGACACCGAACACGAGCGCUUAAUAAUACACCAGAGCCUACAAAUCAACGGAUAGAAAGCUAUUUAAAAGAAACGCUUUGUCAGCGUGCGCAUUGCUGUCCCGCAGACAUAUCCAUUCCGGCUGUCAAGUCACUGGCAGUCAGUCUGGAGCUGUGCUGAAUUUGGCUUCCUGGCGAUCCACUUGCUGAAUGCAAUUUUUCUCUCCAGCCUCGACUGCUUCUCUACACAGCACAAUCCCCAACCGUCCUGUGGUUCUACAAAUCAUGCCUAUCCUCCCUGCAGCCUUUCUCCUUUGGUAGUCCAUAGAGCGGAAAUCUCUUUAUCGCGCUCCCCGCAUCAAUUAAUGCCGUGCCUCCACCAUGUCUCCGCCGUCCGCCGCGGAUACAAAAAUUGACACCAUAGUCAUCGGCAAUGGGCCGUCGUCCAUGAUCUUGUCGUACAUCCUCCAUGGCAACAUUCCCUACUAUGCCCCCGACCCGCCGCAUCCCGAUCCGCUGCUGCAUGCCAAGCUGCGAGCGCCGUCGACCUGUCUAUUGCGGCCGGACCUCGAUACCCUGACGCAUCACUUCGCUGCGUCGCGUUUGUCAUACUCGACACAGGCUCUCCCCAUCAACGUGUUGCUGGACGCCCUGCUGCGACCGCAUGGCGAGACGGACGAUCUCGGAGACGUGACGAACAUUGAGUGGCGCUACAAGCCUCACCGCGCUGUCCCGCACUUGGUCCUAGGCAAUGCGUCGAGUCCAGGCGGUCUUUGGGCCGUAGAUGACCCUGUCCGCGUUAGCUGGGAUAUCGGAACACUGAGCUAUGCUGGCAUGCUCUCCUUACCCGGGUACACGUUUGCUGCGCACUAUCGCAAAACCAAGAAUGCAGAUCUAGCGCCUUUCACUCGUCCAAGCCGGAAGGAAUUGGCAGAGUACCUGCGCAUGUACCCCGUAGAGGCGGGGAUUAGCGAUUCCUUCUUGAAUAAUAUGCAGGUGGAUGGGAUAGAGCGUACUGCAGACGGCUUCUAUAUACGGUCUCAUCGUCUGAGAUGUAAACAUCUCGUACUGGCCACGGGUAUCUUUUCACAUCUCAUUCAACCACCGGCUCUUCUCGCGCCUCUAGCCACUCUUCAUAACGCGAAUUCGUCUAGGACACCAUUGCUAGUCAUUGGGUCAGGGUUUACCGCCGCAGAUGCUAUUAUAUCAGCACCGGUUGAUCAGCCAAUUUUACAUCUCUUCCGUUGGAGCCCCGACGAAAGACCUUCGCCGCUGCGAGCCUGCCAUCAACAGGCAUACCCAGAGUAUGCCGGGGUCUAUCGACUAAUGAAACGAGCUGCACUUGCUUCGAAUUCUGCGAAAAGACCCAAAGCCCGGCGACUAGUGUCGACAUCCUUUUUAGAGAGCCGAAAUUGGGACGAAGUCUACGAGGGUAUACCGAAUGCCGAAAUUGUCGACGUCCAGAUGAAAGAUGGCAAAGCAAUUGUGACAUUGUGUCUGACAGAUGGCACCACAAUUCAACGUCCUGUAUGUGGCCUGGUUUAUGGUGUAGGUCGAAGAGGGUCGCUUGGCUAUCUUGAUCCGGCCCUGCGUGCAGAGAUUCUUAGCGGUGUCGACAGCCCGGAUGAGAACAAAAUAUCGGCAAAAACCUUGCGCAACAAGGUCAUGGAAGACCUGGAAGUCGCUCCAGAUAUUUUCGUCAUAGGUAGCCUGACUGGUGACUCGCUUAUCCGGUUCGCGUUUGGGGGGUGUGUUUAUGCUGCCAGCACGUUGAUUAGAGACUUGGAUAGUAGCAGCGGAACGUGUACUCCCAAAAGACCCGCGGGUACGCCAACAGGGGGCCGCGGUGCGCUCAUGAAUGGGGUAGAUGGACAUGGCCAACGUGCACAGUAUGACGACCGGCCGCAGAAGCCACUGGUUUGUCCGUCCAAGAAUUCUGAAGAUAAAUCCCCUUGGCCUCGAAUCAGUCGCUGGUGGACUGCUCUUUGUAAUGCGCUUUUCAGCUGAUGCAUGAUAAUUGAUUCGUGGAUGUACAAUGAUACACAUAACAUACAUACAUACAUACAUAUACAUAUUUAGUCGCACAUUUGGUUAGUGCUGCGUUUAUUAGUAAGGGAAGAGGCGUCGAGGGCCAUGAACGUACCAUAUGCAGUGAAGCUACUACGUUGUAAAAUUGUUUGAAUAUUGCAUAAACAGUCGUGAUCCAUGAUACA